AUGCCGGAAGCCUCGCCGUUCCUUCUAUGCAUUAUGGGUAACGAGGCGGAAGUAACCCCAAACCCCGCCCCACCCCUACGGACAGGUGCGGGGGAGCGAAUCGAGAACACCCUGGAGGCCUUCGAGAACGCCGUGGCCGAGGGCUGUGAUUGGCUGGAGCUGGACGUGCGCCGCACCCGCGAUGACGUCAUCGUCGUGUGCCACGACCGCGACCUGUCGCGACAGAGCGGCCGCCAUCUUGACGUCACCCAGCUGGACUACGCGGAUCUUCCCCCUUACCGGAGCCCCCUGGAGGUGACGUUUUCUCCUGGCCAUUUCUCCUCCGGCCGCGAUCGUCGCAUCCCCCGAUUGGUCGAGAUCUUCCAGCGCUUCCCUCGGCAGCCAAUCAGCAUCGAGAUCAAAGACGACGACGAUGACGUCAUCAAUGAGGUCACCGCGGGGCUUUUGCGUCAUUUUGGGGUCGUUUCGGGUGAAUUUCGAGAAUUUUUGGG